AUAGUUUUACCAGCUAACACAAGGUUAUGGUCACUGGCGGCAGACUGAGAGUGACAGUGUACUGCUCACCGCUGCCAUGGUGACGGAGGCGCUGUUGGGGCUGCUGCUCCUGGGGCUGCUCCUCGCUUUUCUCAACAAGAAACCUAAAGACCUACCACCAGGAGUGUGGGGGUGGCCGGUGGUGGGGUCGCUGCCAGCCAAAGACACCUUCGUGGGUGACCAGGCGAAGAAGCUCAGAACGAAAUAUGGCGACAUCAUCACAUGGAGAACGGGAACCCGCAUCUUCAUAUAUUUGUGUAACUACAACUUGAUCAAAUCAGCCUUCGCUAACCCAGACCUACAAGACAGACCAGACUUCUACAGCAUUGACCUCUUUACUGAGUUUUUCAAAUAUGGACUGUUUAACGGUAACGGUCGAGUGUGGCAGAACAGCCGGAGACUGGCCAUGCGUCACCUCAAGGACCUGGGCAUGGGUAAGUCCAUCAUGGAGGACUUCAUGCAGCGUGAGGCGCAGAGUCUGGUGGCGGACUUCAAGAAGCACACGGGUGUAGCCCAGCCCCUCCCCUGGUCCAUCAACGUUGCCGUUCUCAACGUCAUCUGGAAACUCGUGUCAAAUCGCCGCUACGAUGUAGAUGACGUGGAGAUUCAAAAUUUCAACAAGAUGAUCACCUCAGCAUUUGCUGACUUGCAAGGUCCCGUCAUUUGGUUUGACCUCAUCCCAGAAGUUGUCAAGUUCGUGCCUAACUUUGUCAACAAGUUGACAGGGGUAGCCAAUAUGCACGAAAAAGCACAGGAAAUCAAACACUUUAUGCUGCGCAUUAUCAAGGAGCAUCAGUCGACGCUGGACCCGGCCAACCCUAGGGACUACAUCGACGCCUACCUGGCGGAGAUGGAGGCACAGAAGAACGACCCGGAGUCUACCCUCAGCAUUCAGGACUUGUGGAUGGCCACGGCGGACCUGUUCAUCGCGGGCACGGAGACCAUCUCGUCCACUAUGCGCUGGGCCAUACUUUACUUUGCUAAAUACCCAGAUGUGCAAGCCAAGGCUCAGCGAGAACUCGACUCUGUAGUUCCCAGGGACACUCUUCCCUCCCUCAGUGAUAUCCCGAGGCUGCCGUACCUGGAGGCCCUGACGCAGGAGAUCCACAGGGUGGUGUCCAUCACUCCCCUCGGCAUCCCCCACUUCGCUCACAAGGACACCAAGCUGGCAGGAUACUCCAUCCCUAAGGGAGCAGUGGUGAUCCCCCACCAGGAGUGUUGCCACACUGACCCGCAGUACUGGGACAACCCUGAAAGGUUCUACCCAGAGCGCUUCAUCGACGAGAACGGCAAAUUCUUUAUCAAGAAGGAUGGUUUCCUGCCAUUCUCAGUUGGUCGUCGGAUCUGCCCUGGGGAGUCAUUAGCACGCAUGGAGCUGUUCUUCUUCUACGCUGGUCUCCUGCAGAACUUCACCUUCUCUCUGCCUGCGGGUGUUCACGCCUCCACCGAGAAGAACCCUGAAAUCCGCCUUGUGAACUUGCCAGAGCAGUACGACAUCAUCAUUAAAAAUAGAUCAUAAAGAUUUGUUAUCUAAAGAGUUUUAAUAUUUAUACCGUUUAUUUUGAGUAAAUAAACUGGAUAUUAUUUAUGA